AUGUCCACCCUUUUGCUUCGUUUGAGCAACGAGGGAACACCGGUGGCGGGAAAUGUCUCCAAUGGAGUGCUCCUUCUUCCCUCAAUUGCACUCAAACCGAACCGCAAAGAAGGUGACAAAUUGUUCAAUUUAAAGUUCCAUUUAGAUGCUGCUUCCAAGGUUACCAGAGACGGGAUUUUGUAUGUGAACACUCCCAAGGACCUGGAAGCGGCUAGUUUUGACAGGAAAAAGUUCCAGGAGUUUCCCAUCCAUUCUUCGUUUCAUGAGGACGUUAGCAUCGAUGUUCCAAUUUAUAAUGCUGGAACUUACUGCUUUUAUAUCACGUAUAAAGACGGCAAAAACGAACAGCAGAAGACAGAGGAUUACUACUUUAAUGUUCCUCCGUAUUUGACCAUCAAUGGUGAAUGGGUUCCAUUUAAUUCCAUCAACAUGCAAUCGGUGGUUUCCAAGUGGGUUGGUCCUCUCAGUGACUGGGACUCAUUUUUUGCUGAAGUUAGCAAAAAGGGAUAUAAUAUGAUUCACUUUACACCAUUACAAGAGCGUGGAGUAUCUGACUCACCAUAUUCCAUUUAUGACCAGUUGAGAUUCGACCCCAAUCUUUUCAGUUCCAACGAAAAAGCUAUUGACUUCAUUUCUUCCACUUUAAAGAAAAACAACUUGUUGGCAUUGACCGACGUGGUGUGGAACCACACUGCCGACAACUCGGAAUGGCUCCGUGAGUCUCCCGAUGCCGGCUACAAUGCCGAAACCGCACCCCACUUGACCGUAGCCAUUGAGCUCGACAAACGGUUGCUCGACUUUUCUGACGAACUCUCGUCUUUUAAUUUGCCAACAGACAUCAAAUCCCAAGAGGAUUUAAAUGCUAUCAUUAGAGGCAUCCAGACCCAUGUCAUCGACAAGAUGGACUUAUGGCAAUACUAUGUCUUUGACAGAAAGUCAAUUGUCGCCAGCAUCGAAAAAUUAGCCACCGACAACUCGGCCCGAGUGUCACCCGUAGAGCUUCCUUCAGACGUCGAUGUCAACAACUUGAAGUCACUUGCUUCCUUCGUAUUGGCGUCUGCUAAUGUAAAUAGCUCAGUCAUUUUGGGUGAAAGAUUCGCCAACAAGUUGGAUAUUAAAAAGUUCUUCGCCAUCAUCUUAUCUGUGUUAAAGUCUCAGGGUACCCAACCAGAGGCUAUAGUCGAAAAGGCUGGCUCCAUCGUUGACGAAAUCAAUGCUGAUCUUUACAAUACAUUCAAUGACGAUGUCAAUUCUAUUAAGAACCAAUUAUCAGACAGAAUUCGCUUUUUGAGAUUGGACGACAAUGGACCCAAGAUGGGUCCAGUUACGAAAGAAAGGCCUUUGAUAGAAGCGUACUUUACCCGUUUCAAAGAUUCAAACGGCAAAGAAUGGGCUCUCGCUAAUAAUGGCUGGAUUUGGGGUGGUAAUCCUUUGGUGGAUUUUGCAUCUUCCCAGUCCAAAGCAUACUUGAGAAGAGAAGUUAUAGUAUGGAGUGACUGUGUCAAGUUGAGAUAUGGAGCUGGACCUGAAGAUUCACCCGCAUUGUGGAAGAGAAUGAUCGAAUACACCAAGUUGUGUGCCUCGACAUUUUGCGGAUUUCGUCUCGAUAAUUGUCACUCGACUCCAUUGCACGUAGGAGAAGCUUUGUUAGACGCUGCCAGAAGUGUCAACCCCAACUUGUACGUUGUGGCAGAAUUGUUCAGUGGUUCCGAAGAAAUGGAUAAAGUAUUUGUCGAAAGAUUGGGUAUCAAUAGUCUUAUUCGUGAAGCCAUGCAAGCAUGGAAUGUUGGAGAACUUUCAAGACUUGUUCACAAACAUGGAGGAAGACCUAUUGGGUCUUUCACAUGGUUACCUUUGGACGAUUUUGCCUAUCCGGCAGGUUCAGAACCCGACAGCAAUAAGUUUACGGAUUCAUAUUCCGAGCUUGAAAUCCCCAAGGUUCUUACGUACCAGGCACCACAUGCUUUAUUUAUGGAUUGCACCCAUGAUAAUGAAUCACCAGCGCAAAAGAGGACAGUUGAAGACACAUUGCCCAAUGCAGCACUAGUUGCGUUUUGUUCUUCAGCCAUUGGAACCAAUUUUGGCUAUGAUGAAUGCUAUCCCGAGCUUCUCAAUGUAGUUUCUGAAAAGCGUCAAUACUCUUAUGGUGACAAUGGAAUUGGAAGCGUCAAAAGAAAGUUGAAUGAGAUCAGAAAGUCUCUUGCGAGGGAAAGUGAAGAUAUUGGAAGAGAUCAUGAAAUGUACAUCCACCAUGAAGGUCAAUACAUUACUAUCCAGCGGUACAAUGCAAGGACUGGAAAAGGUUGGUUUCUCAUUGCAAGAAGCAAGUUUAGCGACCAUGAAGAAUCUCAAAUUUUGUCCCCAUGUAUUUUGGGUGGAACCAAGGUCAAAGCUGAGUUUGCCUAUACGCUCAGAAAGACUGGAGAUUAUCAAAAGGAUGAUAGAAAGUUGACUGGAAUUCCUGUCAAAGUGGAUGAAAUUCCUCUUCCAUCAGUGGAAGUGAACAAUUCUGAUGCAGUAAUGAAAGUUGAUGAGUCGUUCGUACCUGGUUCCAUCGCCGUCUUUUCUACUGAGAUUCCCAAAGUCGAUGCAACUUUGGAUAAAUUUGUUAGAGAUGGUGCCAUUGAGGCUUCCAAGAACCUCGACUUGUAUGACUUGAAUGCGUUGUUAUACAGGUGUGAACCCGAAGAAAGAGAUGCCAGUGGAGGAAAUGAUAGUCCAUAUACUAUUCCCGGUUACGGCAGCUUUGGUAUACGCUGGUCUUCAAGGCUGGAUCUCUGCACUCAAGAAUGUCAUUUGGGAGAACAACUUGGGCCAUGUAAUCUGUGA